AUGCAGGUGGAUAACGCUACCGGCGCUCCUGCGCCGACCCCGCGAUAUUCAACCGCCCAACGGGGCGACGGCCUCCGUCGCCUCCCGACACCACGCGAUGAUGAACAGCGCAUCAGUAAUCUGCCUCCCACGCAACACCUACCGUUUCCGCAUCGCUCGGUUGCGUCGACCCCCCGGGACGCGGUGCAAGACGACGAUGAUAACGAGGAGCCGUUUGCAAGCGUCGUGCACCUUCGGCGAAGCUCCGAAUCUGACAGUCAGCGGGAGUCUGCCAGUGAUAGUGAUACGCCUUUUGAACUAUACCUACCCCUUGAGCGACCCGCUGGGCCCCCUCGCCGGGAAGAAUCACAAGUUGACGGCGACAAGUCUUCCGCCGCGUCCUCCUCUCCCCAGCGCAGAAGUGGGUCUUCUAACCGAGCGUUCUUGGGCCAGGAGCGUACUGCGAGCUUUCCAUUAUCUCUAUACACGUCGGGCGCUCUCGCAUCGCGUGCGCGGGACGCGAUGCAAGACGACGAAGAAAGCGACGAGUCGUUUGCACAAGUUCUGCCUCUCCAGCGAGGCUCCAUCCCUGCACGCCGGCAAGAGUCCGCCGACAACAGCGACACAUCUUUCGAGCCUUUCUUGCCCCUGGAGUCCCACCUUGAUCCUAACACUCAACAUGGAUCAGACGACGACAGCGAUCAGUCUUUCGCUCCAUUCUUGCCUCUCCAAAGAGCUCCCGACUCGGAACGCCUACAGGGUUCGGACGACGAUAGUCAUGAGUCCUUCGCUCAGUUCUUAUCACUUCCCCGCGGCCGUGGCGACGAUAUGCAUCCCUCUCUCCGGGAAGGUUUCGCAUCCCCUAUGAUCACAGAUCCGGCUGAGGAUGGCGGCGGGGCCUCCGUCCAUGUCAUAGGCGCAACCACUCAACGACGUCUUCUUGACAGAACUGCGGAGUACGACCAGAAUAAACCGCGCGACAGCAACAUGCCGCCCACGCGCGCCACGUUUGUACUGAAACCUACGCUGAAAGACACCUACGGCGUAGAAACGGAUGAUAGACUUCCUGAAGUUCAGUAUUCAGGGACAUCACAGCCCAAGCCGUACUCGUACUGGAAGCGAAAUAUGGAAUAUGCGACGAGGAUGGGCAGGCGUGACGAUUCCUCGUGGAGACAAGCGCUCUACGAUCACCAGGUACGAGCUAUACAGGACGGUGCGGAGGUUAUCCAGAAGGCGGAAAGGGCUGUGCGGCUUUUGAAGGUGAUGCGUAUGGAGCUGACGGGUCUUGCGAUGAGCGAUUACGUGAGGACUAUGGCUGAGAUGCAGGGAGUGGAAGUCAAGGUCAGCGCUCCGGAGGAGGCAGGGCGAGAAGAGAUACAGGACGCAGGAGAUUAUAUGGAUGUAGAGUAG